AUGGCAAAUAAUUUAUCAUUAUACAAUACGAUCGAUCAAAAUAAUCCUAAAAUGAAACAACUAUCGAAACAUCGAUUGUUGUUCGAUUAUUUCUUAUCAACAUUAUUACAUCCACCAGCUCCUGUAUGGUCUUCGACACGACUUGCUAAAAUACAAGAACGACGACCAAUUAAAGAUCCCAUUUUCAUCUAUUUAAAUCCGAUGAAUACGGUUCAAUAUACAAGUAAUGAUAAUAGUAUGAAUUUCAAGUCAAAUUAAAGAAAUAGACAUCAAGAAGAUUAUGGUGUUUAUACUGUUUACAUUUAAUUUUACUUUAUUUCUAUGAAUAUUGUUUGAAUAAACAAUAAAAAACAAUCUUUUCAUAAAACGAACAAUAUCUGUAGAUCUUUGUUUCAUAUUCUAAUGAAUAUUUGUUAUUCUCUAAACUUUGAUUUAUUUAUAUUUUAGAUAAUUGUAUUAAUUUAUAGAUGUCUUCCUCACAUCAUCAUCAUCGAACAUCGAGUACACGUC